AUGUCCAAAACCUUCCCCACUCAAUCACCGCCGUUCACGGCGCUUCUGUCCGUCACUCUCAUCCUUCUCACGCUGGUUCCAGUUUCCAGCUACCGUCCAUGGCCCCCAAACCCCUCAAAAAACAUAACCGACUACGCCCUCGGAGCCUCCAAGAAAUACGAAGGCUCAUCAGAGUUUGUUAAACUCCGCUACCACAUGGGCCCCGUCUUAACCAACAUCAUAACCGUCCAUACAAUCUGGUACGGCACCUGGAAGCGGAACCAGAAAAAAAUAAUCCGCGAGUUCAUAAACUCAAUCUCCGCCAAAAACGCACCUCACCCCUCCGUUUCCGGUUGGUGGAAAACCGUCAUGCUCUACACCGACCAAACCGGGUCCAACAUCUCCAACACGGUUUACUUAGGCCAAGAAAAAAACGACCGGUUUUACUCCCACGGAAAAUCGUUAACCAGAUUAUCUAUUCAAUCAGUUAUCAAAAGUGCUAUCACCGCCAAAACUAAACCGUUACCGAUAAACUCACGAAGCGGUCUUUAUCUUUUACUAACAGCCGAUGACGUGUACGUUCAGGAUUUCUGCACGUCAGCAUGUGGUUUUCAUUAUUUCACUUUUCCUUCCCUUGUUGGUUACACUCUACCUUACGCUUGGGUUGGAAAUAGUGAGAGAUUCUGUGCGGGACAGUGUGCUUAUCCCUUCGCUGUUCCGCAGUUUAUACCUAACGUGAAACCGUUUAAGUCGCCUAACGGCGACAUUGGAGUCGACGGAAUGAUAAGUGUUAUUGGACAUGAGAUUGCUGAGCUGGCCAGUAAUCCGUUAGCGAAUGCUUGGUAUGCUGGCGGCGAUCCGAGUUUUCCGGUGGAGAUAGCGGAUUUGUGUGAGGGUAUUUAUGGAACGGGAGGUGGUGGAUCUUAUACAGGGCAGGUUUUGGACGGUCGAGAUGGUGCCACGUAUAAUAUGAAUGGUAUAAGGAGGAAAUUUUUAGUGCAGUGGCUUUGGAGUCAUGUUUUGAAUUAUUGUACUGGUCCUAAUGCUCUUGAUCACUGA